AGGAUUCCCACUUUAUGAUUUCUCCAAAUAGACAUUGAAACCUUGUUCUUGCAUGUGUGCUACACAUUUCUGAUCUGAUAUUUCGGCUUGAUAGAUGCAGCUUGAGCUCCUUUCAUAAUUGUUGUAUUAGACGAUCAAAAAAUGCCUUCGACUUCACCAGGCGCUACGCCCGUAGCGCACCAUUCAUCACCACCAGAACGUCACUUUACUACAUCCGUAGCGCGUCAUGCCUCUCCUGGUGGACGUGGCGCCAGCUGCUCUGUGGUGCAUCCGUACGCUGCAGCACGGUCUUCGUGUGGGCGAAGAUGGCUGGCGGUUUCUGGACCCUCGUUAGUAGAAUCAGCGCUGCAAAGGGAUGCACCCUCCUGCAGUAGUGUCCAAACCGAUCCUUCAUCGCAAAAGAAUGCACCCUUCAAGAAUAUACGCGAAGCUUCAAGAACACCAGAAAAGCUCCUGGGUACAACCAUAGUAAAGUCGCUUACACCUCCUGCUCUUCUUCGCCUUCUCAGUUGCGACAGGAGAGCCCGUAGAAGUAGUCGACUCUCCUCGUUUUUUUCGUUGCGGUUUUUUCGCUUCGUGCCUUUGGUCGCGUUUCGAGCUAUGUUGGCGGUUUCCGUUCCGUUUUCCUACUGUCCCGGGAUUGAGCAACAUUCCCAACAGGCCUGCCAACGCUGUUUGAACAAUUAUGAAGAAAUCGGAGUUCCUCGUGCGAUUCUUUCUUUGUGAAUGAUGAUAAGUGAACAGGCCAACGCCUAAACCACUAAGCCAACUGCGCAGUUGGCUUAGUGGUUUAGGCGUUGGCCUGUUCACUUAUCAAAUGAGAACAAGUCGGUUUCCCCAUGCAGUGAAUGAAUCUUAGUUGAGAAAACUUCUGAGUUGAAAAGAGAAAGCCUUAUAACCCUUCUAAUCUCCCGACUUCUGUCCGGUUGGCUUCGUCUGCGAACAACAGCACAAACUCUGCUAUGAUCCAACGAAGCCCUUUCUAUGCAACGUGGACGCGACGGUAGGGGAUAUGGCUUUCUCCGCUCACUGCGAACGAGUGUGCAAUGCGAACUUUCCGCCAUUUAAUUAAGAAUGGCUUUGCUUUGGCAUUGUGAUUUGAAAACAGGGCGCGAGGUCUCGUGGAACAAGGACUUUGAUGAUGUUCGAGUUCUAAAUGAAUCUAGAAUUUGUGACCUCCACCUGCACCACCAUACCCGGUCCGUUGUGGAAUUUGAUAAUGGCGAUUUAAGAACUACCGUUUCUUCUACCUAGUUUGACCACGAACACACUCUUGCUUCUAAUUUACUUGCGGAGACGCAUGUUUGAAUGAAGAUUUUCCCUGUAAGUGGGUGCCGAAUUGCUUUCCGAACAGCGAAACCGAUUUCGCCUGUUUGAGGUUAUGGCCUUUAGACAAGAACUACUUGUACUUAGAAUUAGUUUUUCUUUCGUUUUCUUUUCUAAUUCGGUCUCUCUACUGGAAGUAUUCUUGCAUCAACAAGCACUAGCAAUCUCUUUACUGGACUGAAUCACCUUCAACAUUGGCAGUAGUAGCCUUUCCUGCUUGAUCGCUUCGUCCACUACAUUUUACUAGCACUGCCCGACCCGUACCCUGCUUCAUUUUUCGGAUGCGAAGAUCAUCAUGCGGUUAUUCCAAGCAGCCUUGGGUGCGGACAUAGUUGUAGCCUGUGCAAAACAGUACACUCGUGCAACAACGCACAAGUCCGAAAGUACUGCCCGGUUACUUUUAAGGCAAAACAAAGUUUUUAGGUUUUUGUCUAAAAGGAAGAACAAGAAGGAUAAGUCAGGGAAACCUUAGAGGCACUUAACCGGAUAGAUUGAAAUAGAGGAGUGUCCAGGAAGCUUCUAGGAUGUCCAGAAAGCUUCUAGGAUGUCCAGAAAGCGUCUAGGAGAAUUUUCCUCUAAUCCUCGUGGUCGCGCAGGGCAGUCACAAGAAUGCGAAUUGCGGUGUGGGCGAGACGAAAUUCCCGGAAAGGAGACAGGGUCGGCGAUGAAACAGUGCUGGGAAUUCAUUAUCAAAGAAGGAAAGAGCUGUAACGAAAUGGUGAAGCGAGGUAAUGAAAUAGAAAUUUGCUAGAUAUGAUGAAGAUGAAUGUACAGUUGUGGUGACCAUUACAGUGUAAGCAGUGGUGACCAUCAAAGUUGUGGCGACCAUUACAUUUCUACAAGAAGUAGUAGUGAAGUAGUCUUCUAUACCCCUGGAGUGGGUACAUUCAUUCCUUCAUUUACACGAACAUGCAUAAGGACAGCCCUGAUAACGAGCCAUUUGGCUCAAGGAACAAAAUUGCAAAUGUAUAUAAAGCGGCUCCAAAUAAACUUUCAACCACCAGGUUUCGACUGUCACUGCAGUUGUGGUGACCACUAUAGUACGCAUCGGCAAUACGCCUUUCCCAGUACGAGCAGUGGUGUCCAAGCCAAGCCAGCUUUCUUUGUCGGCAGAGAAAUGCUCAACACUGAUUUGGGUCUGAAUUUAUGAUGGUGGAGUGUGAUGGAUCUAUCUUUGUUGAUGUUUGCUGCAGACGGACAUUGCUUUGGCGCAGAACAACAAUAUCCUGCUCGACUCAUCUAGUAAGUUGUCCAAAGUUCAAAAUCCCAAAACUCUUCUCCUCUAAUCACUGUCUCUUUUCCGGCUGGGACUAUUUUUCGACUACAAAUCUCCGGUGUCGGUCUAUCAUCAGCGACGGGUGGGGAAACCGCGAAAAUUCGAAUUCUAAAGUACGAAUCCACGAACAUGGGGUGUGGAGAACCACCGGCGCCCUUCUUAGUGGGCCUCGACGAUAACAAGAAUCCUGUGGUAUUCUUUCUAUUUGUUUGCUAGUGACUGGGAAUAGCAAUAGUUCGUCGUGCUUCGGAUUAUUAUGCACAUAACCGUUUUCAUCAUACUAAUACUCAUACCAAGACUUCUCUCUCUUUCACACCUCUUUCUCGACAGAAUGCUGGAAUUUUCUACAAUGGUUGGGAUGGCAUACGCAUUGACGGCUGCGGCACCUACAAGAUUUGCCAUUGCAAUUAUGGCUAGAAAUGAGGGGUUUCUGCACUGGCAGUACAACUAUACACACCGCAUUCCUUGUUGUGAAGGAGAAAUCAUGGAUUGAUUAAUCGGAUGCUUGGAGUAUGGCCCAAUGCUCAGGGUGUGACAGGAGCAUCACCACAAUGGCUAGAAAUGAGGGGUUUUUUUACUCAAGUAGAAUUUUUUACUCAAGUAGAAUAAGCAUCAUUUUUUACUCAUCAAGUACUAGUUAUGUGGCGCGUUCUAACACACCGGUGGUUGUCUGACGAAUAGUGCGUUUAUGCAUGUUGGUACGCUGAACUCGGUGGAUCCAGCACAAGUGGUUUUGCCAGCUGACGGUUUUGUGCGGCCGUUGCCAGGAUGUUAUUAAGGCUCAACUUUCAAUGGUCAUUGGGGUUGGUCACUGAGAUCGAAGAGGCGACCCCUUGAGGAAAGAUGGGGGGAAAACGAAGGGAAAGGCGAGAGCCUUCAAGGGGGCCGUUUCCGUUCAGAGUCAGUGACUAAUGAAUGCUGAGCUUUAAGCAUGUUCCAUAGUGCAAAAUUACAUGCCCUAUCUCCCAAGAACGGUGCCCACCACUGAUUAUGGAAGGAUGUGUAAAAGGUUCCUUUGUUGAGCGAGAAUGUGUCUUGCUGUCUUUUGACUGCAGAAGAAUUCACGUUCUGAAAAUACGGGUGCUUGCGAUAUUGUUUGUUUGAACAACGUUACCAAGAAGCAGGGUUUAUUUUCAGCUGUAGAAGAGUUCUAUCUCCAGCUGUAGAUACCUAGCGCCUCUAAUCCCCAGAAGGUCUGAUCGAUUUCACGGAUGACAGAGGCAAAUUGGCACAGAUUGGGGUCGCCUUUAUGCUCAGGAACUGGCAGCAGAGCAUGUACGAUGAUACUUGGGAGACCACAUUCAAAAAACUAGUGCAACUGGAGAUGUACAGCUACUCACCUUUCCUGCAAGAGUGGAUUCCGAAGUUGGAUGACAUAGUUGUCUCGACAAGUCCAACUUUGCGGCCGUUCUUUAGGAGACGGACGAUGGAGUUGGAGGAGGAAUCUGAAGAAAAUGAUCAAAAACAAAAAAUAGAGGAAGCCUUGGAGGCGGAAAGAAAUUUCGGCUUUUCAGUGUCGUCGUCUGAUAAAAACCACAAGGGAGCCGGAGGUAGUGCGGAGCGGUUAGAUGCUAGUACUACAAAAACAGUUGGAGCAAGAAUAGGCUCCUUUAUUCGGCGACUUGUAGACGUCACAGCGAUAAUUCCGGAACCAGCAAAGAAUUGGCUUCAAACAAAUGGCCUUCUCGCAUCUGCUACUUCUCUCACAUCUAGACGUCAUGGAGGCCUGGAAGAUGUAGAAGAAGAAUCCACAACCCAGCACUUGGAUCCAUUGAAAAACAGCGGUUUACCCUACCAUGACCCACAGAGACAUCGUGCUCGCGUGGCUGCGGAAGUGGAGAAAAGCAAGAAGCCUUGGCUUUCUAAAUGGAAGAGGUUUUUGUUGAAAACUUUUUUUGCCUCCUCGAGUAAGCGAGUAACGACUUCUAGACGUAGUCGGUUUUUGACAAAAACAGCUGAAACUGGCUCAAAUCAAGCAUCAACCACUCCAAAUGAAGCAUCUUCAACAAGCCGGGAUUUAACCAUCUUGACCUGUGACGACGAUGACACGGCCUUUCACAGCAUUAUGGGGGAUCCAUUGGUCUCAUGCCAAUACGCGGCUCAGAUGUUUGGGCUUGUGUCGGUGUGCACGGGAAAGGGAACGGAUCUAGAGGCAGCGCGAGAUGCUGGCUGUCGCGGCACGUGCAUGAAUUAUAUCUGCAACGUGCCUCCAGACCCGUCAUCAGGUGCGAGUACGCCGACUGUUAUGGCUAAUGAUACAGAUUUUCUUGUCCGAGUUUGAGUAUGAGCAGUUGGUCAUUUGAUGUCAUAGUAAGCAUUGACUCUAGACCUCCUGCUAGGUUUUGAAGUAUUUGAUCGUACACCGAUUUAUUUUACGUUGAGAGUAGAAACACAAUGGGAGACUCUAACACAAGAUCCACGACUCCCGAUGUGCAUACGCAUCUACCCGCUGGCGAGUACGUCUACGCGUACGUAAAAGCGAGAUGCGACACGUGCAAAAAGCAACUCCAAGAUGCUGGGAAUGCUAUGAGGAGCGACAAGCGUAAACUCGUGGCCACGGCCUAUUAUUUUGCUGGACAAUAUCUGGUUCCGAACUGGCCAGAGCAUAUGUGGGUUGAAAUUCCGAACGAGGUGUCAGUACGCGAACAACCAGUAGACACAGAAGCGGCAGAAGAAUCAGAAUUCACAAACAGCGGACUUUUCGUUGCGUUGCUGUGCGUGUUAGUUAUGGUGGGACCCUUUUAUCGGAUUCAUUUUUUUAGUUGAGACCUUGAUCGGUAUCUACUCUUGGAUUUGGUGUUUUUAGCGGGAUUUUUAUCAAGUAACGUGAUGGUCAGUAGGGUCCGAUAGAUGUCGUUGCACUCACUUUUUAGACUGGUGGUCAUGACAAAUGAGGAAUUUUACUUGUUGUUCUUGCUCCACUACAAUAUGGAUGACCUAUUACUUGGACCUACUUUCAUUCCCCGCGCCGGCGUUGUGAUCGCGAUAGUGAUGUGGAUAUCGAAGAGGCAAGCUGGCUACGCAGACCGUGACGAAGAAGACCCAGUGAUUACGAAAGCCAAGAAGUGUGGCAUGAUUCUUGCAUCGCCUCUUCUGCUCUGUGGGUUUGGGUGCUACAAGGCUGGGCAGAAAGUCCGAGCAUACAUUGCCGGCCCACCAGACAGCGAUGAUGAUUAUGUGACAGAUUCUGAUUUUCACGAAUGCUGUGACGAUAGUGUUGAUUAUUUAACGGUGUGUUCACCUUGUUUAUUCCCGAGGUGUGUCUAGGUAGGUAUAGUUAUUACUUUCCUUGUCAUCGUAAGUUGAAUUAUUAUCAUUUAGUUUCUCCUCUAUCUCUAACCUCUAGCCGAGCAAUGGGAGCCUCCAGAGGGCUACGCCCCAUUUGAAAACGCUGAAGUAGUGCUAAAAAACCUCACCAAAGUGGAAUACAAUGGCUUAAAAGGCAAGCUGAUAAAAUACGUCGCAGACAAAGAGCGGUGGCUAGUAGAUGUCGUGGUGUAUCAAAAUACGGUAGAAGAGGAGCACAAGGAGCUGAGCUUGAAAGCCGAUAAUUUUCGAGUGUUGAUUAAGGCUAAUGUGAAUGUUGUUUGAGGAACAAGAAAUGCAUGUUUGAAGAGCGGAGCUUCUGGGGCUUUACAUGAUCCGUAGUCACUUCUACUACUCACAUCCAAAGUGGCUACCACUUAUAUCAAACUUACAUCCAUAGUCACUACAACUAGAAUGUAAGACCAUCCUUCUAGCCAAGAUCCUUGGCUACCACCUCUAAUGCAAGACCUCAACGCGGCUCCCACGUGCAAAGACGAGGAAAAUUCAAGGGGAAAGUCGCACCAACCGCUGAAGAUGGUCUCUUUCAGGAGUUGAAUCUCAACAGUGAAAGUCCAGACAAGUCCUCGGUUAGUUACUUAUACAUAGUAGAUUUCAACUCCUGGUAGAUCGACAAGAACAACAGCACUUGUACAACAUAGUUGCACGGACGAAAAAUGGACCACUUGAUCAUUAGGUGAAAACUACACUUAUUUUUGUCCGAUCAUCCAAUUGUUACCUGAAUCCCCACAGGAUCCCACUCUCGCAGCGACCUCCACAAAGCCGGGAGAAGCGACUACGACAGGCGCAGAGGAGAAUGCCGUGGUGCCUAUCACGAAGCAACGGGUGUUUAAACCCUCAAACCCUACACCUGGCCGCAUCCAGUCCUCCAAGGCGGCUCCUCCACCUGCUCUCACUUCAGGAGCUGGCGGUGGAGGUGGUUCCGCAGGUGGGGGAGGUUGGGGAGGCAUGCUACCCUUUGGUCGCAGCAAGCCUCCGCCUGAGCCUGUUACCGCACCUAAUUCGGGGAAAAGCUAUAGGAGGAAGAAAUAGGGAGUAACUGGGGAAGUGUGCUACAUUCAUUGACAACUUCCACUUUAGAUUCAUUCUUCCCGCAUGGGUCAAGAAGAAUCUUCAUUGCAUGCUAUGAGAACUGCCAUGAAAAGAGAACAAGUGAUUCCUUUCAAAUGAUUCCUUUUGUAUCAAGCAAACCUGUUCUUUCUGUCAAAAUGAAGCCUUUCCAGG